CAAAAGCAGCGAGUUCUUAUUAUAAAAGCCCGUAUUUCUCUUUAAAACGAACGUAAUUUCAAACAGCAAAUCCUUUCUCCUUUGCUUACAGAAAAUACCAAAAACCGACACUUGAUUAAAAGCAGCUGCUUCACAUGCUGAAUGCCAUUUUCUUUUUGUUCUUUACUUUUUCUUGAAAAUGAAUCCAACGUUUUGAAGAAACAAUCUUGGCUUGCAUUUUUGAAUUGUAUCAUAUUUGCGUUCCCUCCGACAAUAAACAAAAGGAUUGUAGAACUUCUGAGGAAAUGCAAAGUGUGUGUCAUUUUUUAACUUCCAAUGUAUGAAAGCAAAAAGGAUGAUGCUCCUACUUAGAAGGUUCCUAUCAUUCACAAGUCUCUUCCAUGGUUUUUCAGAAGAAAACCACUGAAUAAAGACCUGGGACAUUCAGGACCACAAUUCAAUAAAUCUGAAAGUUUUUGUAAGACUAGAACUACUCGUUCCAAUCCUUUUUUUUGAUCCCGUAAAUAGCAAAUACAAGAAUCUAAGCUCUCACCAUUCGAUGUUCUUACGUUUCGAAGCAGGAAAUCAGAUAAUUCCUCAAAGUAGAAAAAAAAUUCUCGGCAUAUCAACAUCCUUGUAUAUUUCCAGCUGAAAGCUGCCACUAGAGAUUGUAUGUUUUCUUGGAAUCAAUCUUAGACCAAGCCUUUUCAAUACCUCGUUUUCUAUUGGGAGCUUUAGUAUUUAAUUCCAUUAUACAAAGCUUUUUCAUUUUCCCUGGUCCAUCACUCUCUCACCUGUUAAAACGGUUGGAAGACUCCAAUCCAUCAAAUCACAGACACACAUCAGCGAAUUUCUUCCAUCCUUUCAGAGUUGUUUCUUUUCUUCCUUUUUUUUACUUUUCUUUGUGAAAUUCAACAUCUCAAUUGUCCUACCUGCCAUUCAUCUGCUUUUCUUAAAGGAAUCCAGAAAGCAUCCUCCUUUCUUGUACACACCACCACAACAUAGCUAAGAGCUUUCUGCAAAAAGCCAACAAGAUGUCGCGUUUCUCAAUCGAGGGAAAGACCUUAAAACUUGACACGAUCACUAAAGAAGAUGAAGAAAACAUCUUUUCUGCUCUCAUUAAGGAUGAUGAUCUAAAAGAAAUUGUGCUUUCAGGAAACACCAUCGGUCCUGAGGCUGCUAAAUGGCUGGCUGAGAUCAUUGUAAAAAAGAAAAAUUUAGAAGUUGCAGAAUUCAGCGACAUUUUCACUGGGCGUGUGAAAGACGAAAUUCCUGAAGCCCUACGCUGUCUUUUACAAGCACUUCUUCAGUGCCCCAAGGUAAAUACUGUCCGUAUGAGCGACAAUGCUUUUGGUCCUACUGCUCAAGAGCCUUUGGUUCAUUUUAUUUCCAAUCACGCACCUUUAGAACACUUGUAUUUGCAUAACAACGGACUAGGCCCGGAAGCUGGCUCGAAAAUUGCUCGUGCUUUGCAAGAGUUAGCCCGCGUAAAGAAGGAAACUCAAGCCAAUCCUCUUCGAUCAAUAAUUUGUGGUCGUAAUCGUCUCGAAAAUGGCAGUAUGAAGGAUUGGGCCGCCGCAGUUCAUGCUCACAGCGGUCUCCAUACCGUAAGAAUGGUUCAAAACGGAAUACGCCCUGAAGGUAUUGAACAUUUGUUAGUUGAAGGUCUUUCUUAUUGCUCUGAACUUCGUAUCCUUGAUCUCCAAGACAACACCUUCACCCAACAAGGAUCUAGUGCCUUGGCCCUGAGUCUUAGCAAAUGGCCUCAACUUUGUGAACUAGGACUUAAUGACUGCUUACUGUCUAAUCACGGAGCCACCGCUAUUGUAGAUUCUCUGUCAAAUCUAAAAAGCAUCGGCUUGCAAGCCUUGCGCUUACAGUACAACGAGAUCGAAGUAGAAGUUGUCCGUGCUUUGAAGUCUGUUAUUGAGGAAAAAAUUCCUGAUAUCUUGUUUUUGGAGCUCAACGGUAAUCGCUUCUCGGAAGAUGACGACGUCGUCGAUGAGCUUCGUGAACUUUUUAGCAAUCGGGGCCAUGGUGAACUGGAUGAACUAGACGAUAUGGAAGAAUUGACGGAUGAGGAAGAAGAAGAAGAAGAGGAGGAAGAGGAAGAGGGGGAAGAAAAAGAAGCUGAAGGUCCCGAAGAGAAAGCUAGAGAUGUUACAGAUGAUGAAAAUCUUGCUGAAGAACUUUCCAAAGCUCAUAUCUAAUAUCGGAGGCUUUUCCCAAAAAAAUCUUUAUGCGGAUAUGCUGUAAACAUGCACAUUUCAUUCAGUAAUUUGACCAUAAAGGGUAAAGGUGGACUUACGAAUGCCGCAGAAGUUAUAAUUGUACUUUUAACACCAUUUAAUUAAAGCUUCUUGAAACACCUCUACUUAGUCUCAUAUGUAUCUUUACGCUGUUAAUUUAGACUAAUGGAAUUGGAAUCGUUUUGGAACAACAUGGUAGGAUUAAAUAAAGGAGGUAUAAGCAUGAAAAGAAUACAAACGGAAUAAAGAGUACUCUAGGAUGAACUCUAGCUUUUAUGUAGUUGCCUUACAAGCAAAACUGAAAAAGACUAUACACAACAACGGCCAUACGUCCGUAUUAGCGUCAUAAAAAUUCAUUUUGUUGAAAGAAUAAAUUGUAUUUCUUAUUGGUUCGUCUUGUAUCUCAAAUUUAC